GCCAGAGACUUCCGGAGACUUUCACACAUGUGAAAAAAAACAUGGGGACACUAUUUAGAUGUUUUUCUCUAUAGCUCGUAUUUGUUCUUCGGUCAGCACCAAGAAAUAACAAUCUUUAGCGUUUUCUGUGAUUGACUUAACAUAUUUUCUUAACCUGUUUUCAACAUUUUGUCGCGUUAGCAAACUUUUCAGCUCUCAAAUUAGGCAGCUAAUUUAAGUUAGCCACCUUAGUAACAUCUAGCUAGCUAUCAUGGAUUACUCGGACGAAAAUUCGGUACAAUUCCACGGGGAUGAAGAGAUUAUAGAAGUCAUCGACCUAAACGAAACAGAGCAAAACCCAGAUGAUUUGGCGGAUGAGUUCGAGGACGUGGACUUCGGAGAGACUGAGGACGGAGACAAUGAACAGGAAGACUGGGAUACCGACGACGAGAUGGAGCAGGAAAAGGAGAAAGAUGACAGCGAACUCACCUUUUCCAAACACACGGGCUCUGUGUUCUGUGUGAGUCUGGACCCAGCCACAAACAGCUUGGCUGUGACCGGAGGAGAGGAUGACAAGGCCUAUGUCUGGAGAGUGAGUGACGGGGAAGUGCUGUUUGAAUGUACAGGCCAUAAGGACUCCGUGACAAGUGUUUUAUUCAGCCAUGAUUCUUCCCUGGUGGCCACUGGGGACAUGAGUGGGCUGAUCAAGGUCUGGAAGGUGGAGACCAAGCAGGAGGUGUGGUCCUUCGAGGUGGGAGACCUGGAGUGGAUGGAGUGGCACCCCUGCACCCCGGUGCUGCUGGCGGGCAUGGCGGACGGUAACGUUUGGAUGUGGAAGAUCCCAGGGGGUGACUGUAAGACCCUGCAGGGCCCUGGCUGCCAGUCAACCAGUGGAAGGGUCCUGCCAGACGGGAAGAGGGCUGUGGUGGGCUAUGAAGAUGGGAACGUACGACUUUGGGACCUCAAGCAGGGAAAUGCCACCCAUGUGAUUAAAGGUCAUGAUGGACACCAGGGGGCGCUGACGUGCCUGGCCUGUAACAAGGACGGCUCUCUGGUGCUGACGGGCUCCGUGGACGGCCGUGCCAAGCUCAUCAACACUGCCACUGGCAAGGUGUUGGGUGUGUUCUCUGUGGACGGGGGCAAAGCCAAAGCCUCUCAGGAGGAUGCUGAGGAGACCAACUCGGUGGAGUCAGUGGGGUUCUGCAAUGUGUUGCCUCUGAUAGCGGUGGCGUAUCUGCAUGGGACCCUGGCUAUCUAUGACCUCUCCUCACAGGUCCUCAGACACAAGUGUCAGCACCAGGCUGGCAUUGUUAAACUGCAGUGGGAGGAGUCAUCCUCUGUGGUGUCCACCUGUAGUCUGGACGGGGCGGUGAGGCUGUGGGAUGCCCGCUCGGGAACCAUGGUGUCAGAGUACCGUGGCCACCAGGCGGAGAUCCUCGACUUCACACUUAACAGAGAAGCCUCUAUGGCGGUCACUGCCUCUGGAGAUCACCAGGCCAAACUCUUCUGCCUCCAACGGCCAGACCGUUAAUAAGAGGAGCAGAGGGAGAAAGAGCGAGAGAAAUGGGGAUGGACUCAACCCGGAUCGCGCUUUGUCGACAAUGCACCUUAAAGGCAAUAUUCCCGUUUUUGUGGAGACCGUUUUAACGGUGGACACUGCAUAUAUCGGCUCAAUCCGAAGUGGUCCUUUAAAUGGCGCAUUGUCAACAAAGCGCGAUCGGAUUGAAUCCCAGCCUUUCAUUGUGUUUUCUCACAAUUGAGGGUUUUUGAAGUGUCUUGUAUCGAUUGUGGUCUGUCUGAUCUAUAGUAGACCUGCAGUGUUCUAGAAGGUUCUAGAAUUGCCAGCCAUUCUACUCAGGUUUCUCAAGUAGAACCCACACAAAAUAUAUGCAUUCUAAGUGGUGUGGUAGUGUAGAUGUUGGAACACGUCAUCCUAGAGGCAAUGAAGCAUCUAACAGUAGACCAAUGGGAUACGUCAUGUGGUCCUUGAUUUAUCACUAAAUACACUUACAUCUAUCUAUACCUUGGUGUUCCCUGUGCGAUUUGGUUUGAUGACAUUAUGAAUACACAUUAAGGUAAUAGAGCUAUGUAGAGAUGGAGAUCUCGAUGAUGUCCCCAUAAUAUCUGGUUAUUUGUGUAAUCCUCACUUUCUCCCUAAAUCACCCCAAAUUAUGUCAACUCAACCUUAUGUAAAUAUAUUGGGCCCUGUUGAAAUACUUUAGAAAUGCAUCCGUCCUUCCUUUUCUGAAGUAAUCACGAAUCUGGAUUGGUGGAAAUAAUGUGAUAACUUUGCUUUCCCCUGCCCCAUCACUGACCUGAAGGAAACAUGGAAGGAAGGGUGCAUCUCUGAAGUAUUGGGACAGAGCCAUGGGCUUUGUUCUGCUGUUUGUUGGAACCAUUAAAGACGUUUUCAACCCAA